UGUUUUCCAGCUGUUUCCGUAGAAUCGUCAAAAUACUCAUUGUUGAUGUUAUAUUUUUAUAUUCUCUAGCAUUAUUAAAGUGUUAUCAGAGAAAUAAAACUACUUCAAAGAUUAUGAAUCAUAAAUACUGAACUAUUAGAACUUAAUCUUUCAAUAAAAUAAUGGUACCUCCACCCAUAGUGACAGGAAUAUCUCCUAACGAAGGACCCCCUGGAACUAGGAUUAAGAUUAGAGGAGAAAAUUUUGGCAAUAAACCCAAUGAUUUGAUAGGUUUGAAUAUUUGCGGAUUUGAUUGUCUCUUAUCUGCCGAAUGGAAAAGUCCAAAUAAAAUAAUAGCUAUAUCAGGUCCAAUCAAAGGUAAGGGAGAGGUGAUUGUUACAACCAGAGCUGGUGGAGUUGGGACAUGUAAUGUAACAUUUAAAGGAUAUCAUGAGACUAUUGGGCCUAUGAAAGAGAGUGCAGUCUGGGUUGAAGAAGCUCCACUAUUUUCUUGGGGUAGACACUCUCUUUCUCCUAGUAGUUAUCAACAAGAGGACCCCUUGGGACUUUCUGUUGAAGGUAAUGAGAAAAAAUUUCCAGAGGAUGAUCUUAUGAAUUACUUUCCCGGUAAAUGUGGGGAUAUAGCAUCUGAGAAUUUCUCACCUGGUUGGUUCCUCUUGGAAAACCAUCAAGCUACUUCAUUCAACGAUUUACAGGCAGGUCUUCUUCAUUUACGUCGAAAAGUAGAGGCUCAAAAAGAAGGCCAACUCUCUUUUCUAAAGGCAAAUAUUGGUUCAGUUAUGGAUCAGAUCGAUACUCUCGUAAUUUUAGAGGAGAAAUUUAAAAAAGACUUCUUGUUGGAAAACCAAAAAGAAUGAUUUAUUAAGUCUUUUCACCGUGUACUUAUGUAUGUAUGUGUAUCCCCAUUAUAUUGUAAAUAUAUUCAAUCAAAACU